AGGCCCUGGGCUCAGCUUCUUGAUCUUUCUGAGGAGGGGUAACUUUGGGCUAUCCUCCUCACAGCAUUUGAGGAAGGAAACAUUUUUAAGAGUCUGCGGCUGGCAGGAAUGAGAGGCAGAGAAUAGCGCAGCAGGUCAGGGCUGGGUUAGUGGGCGCUGGUACUUAGUGGGCGCAGAACCUCAGGGGCCCUUUAGUGCCGAGGGUGGGUGGGAAGUGGUUUCAGAGAUAGCCCUCCCUCUAGACCUUGCUGUUCAAAGCCCACACACAUCUGGCUUCCAGGAAGCUGAUAAUAGUGAGACUGCGGGUGGAGACACCGUCCACCUCUCCACAUUUGAGGCUUUUCCGACCUUUCUGUCUGUGGGUUAAUUUGUGACUCACGGGAGGAAGAAAAGACAAAUAUUUCCCUGGGGCUGGGAGAAGGCCACGCCUGUUUUUCCUGGUUAAGAAGGUUGCAGCAGGGCCCUCGGAGAAUCCCAUAGGAUCUGGGGAAGGGUUGGAUUGCUGAGACUCAGGCCUGGUUCUGUCCCUGGUGGAGAUACGCCCGGCUUCCCUGCAGCCGCUGAGGUCUGCUGUGCUUGUGAGCGGCAUUCAUCCAAUUUGGGACCAGUCAGAAGAGAAGGUGUCUGGGGGCCAGGAUGAACCACACCAUCAGUGAGGAUUAUGAAUAUGAGUAUGAUUAUGAACAUUACAAUGACCUUCCGGAUAUCCCUGUAGACUGCUCAGCUGGCACCUGCCUCUCUAGUGAUGUCUACCUAAUAGUCCUGCUUGUGCUGUAUACAGCCAUCUUCCUGUUGGGUCUGCCAGGCAACACCCUGGUGGCGUGGGUAACCUGGAAAGAGUCCCGCCAUAGGCUUGGAGCCUCUUGGUUCCUGCACCUGGCCAUGGCAGACUUACUUUGCUGUGUGUCUCUGCCCUUCCUGGCUGUGCCCAUCGCCCAAAAGGGCCACUGGCCCUACGGGGCCGCAGGCUGCGGGCUGUUGUCCUCCGUCACCGUUCUGUCUAUGUACACCAGUGUGCUGCUCCUGACUGGCCUCAGCGGUGACCUCUUUCUACUGGCUUUCAGGCCCUCUUGGAAGGGUGCAGAUCAUCGAACACUUGGGGUGCGUGUGGUCCAGGCCUCGUCCUGGGUGCUGGCCUUGUUGCUGACUGUGCCUUCUGCAGUCUACCGUAGGCUACUUCAGGAGCACUACCCUCCCCGGCUUGUGUGUGGCACAAACUAUGGGGGAUCGGUCACCGCCGAGGCUGCCAUCACCACUGUUCGAUUCCUGUUUGGCUUCCUGGGGCCGUUGGUGUUCAUGGCCAGUUGUCACCACAUCCUCCAACGGAAGAUGGCCCGCCGCCACUGGCCCCUGGGCACAGCUGUCGUGAUGGGGUUUUUCAUUUGCUGGACCCCUUAUCACAUCCUGCGGGUCAUCAUUGCAGUGGCUCCUCCACACUCCUCGCUCCUUGCCCGGGUCCUGGAGGCUGAGCCUCUGUUUACGGGCCUGGCCCUUGCUCACAGUGCUCUCAAUCCCAUUAUGUUUUUGUAUUUCGGAAGAAAACAACUUUGCAAGUCACUCCAGGCUGCAUGUCACUGGGCCCUGAGGGAUCCACAGGACGAGGACAGUGCAGUGACCAAGGUAUCCACCAGCCACGAGAUGGUGUCUGAGAUGCCGGUGUAGGCAAGAGAGAUUUCGAUUUCGUAGGCCAUCUCACAACUGUGCAGCUUCAGGCAUAGCUGGAUACAGGAGCUCAGCGAUGACUUUUAUUCUUUGUUCAAUAAACAUUCACUGUGCACUGGCUUGUAUAAAACCAGGGUGACAGUGGCUGGAGCCAAUUCCUUCCCCAGGAGUUAGCAGUUCACAGGAAAAGAAGACACAGGAAACAGUUGAAGGGAUAUGGACUAUGUCAAGGGUGAGAUGUCCCAUAGAACCCAAAGAGGGUUCUGGCAAGACUGCUGGAGUGCCUGCUGUACAAACCAGGACCUGAGUUCGAGCCCCGCCACCUACACAAAAGCUGGGUAUGGCGAUACACCUCUAACCCCAUCACUGAGGGACUAGGUGGAUCCCAGGGGUUCUCUGGACAAGUGGUCUAGCCCAAUCAAUAAACCCCUGUCUCAAGAAAUAGAGUGGAGCCAGGCAAGGUGCUGAUAACUUUAAUUACAGCAUUUAGGAGGUAGAGCCAGGCAGAUCUGUUUUAGGCUUGCCUGAUCUACACAGUGAGUUUUAGGCUAGUCUGAUCUACACAGUGAGAUCCAGGUGGAGAGUAGUAGAUGAAGAUAUACAGCCUUAACCUUAGGGAAGGACACAUGCACGCACACACACACUACACAGGGUUGGACAGGCUAGGUCAGGUAGGCUAGCACACUGAAAAAAGGGUAAUGACUGAGCCCAAACCUGACUAAUGGAGAGAGCAUCCAUGCUUUAAUCUGAGGAACUGUUGCAAGCAGACAGAGCAAACACAAAGGCCUUGCUCCGGGGUACCUCUUCCAAGAAGCCUUCCCUGACUUGCAUCCCUCCCAGAAACAAGGGUUCUUCCUUUCUUGCCGUCUUUUCAACACAAAUGCCCAGAUAAACCCUAAGUCCCUUAAGAGUGAGAGAUUGAGCUCACUCCAUCUUUUACAUUUUUGUACUACAUUUAGUUAUUUAUUGCCUGUGUCAGAAAGCUUGGAGGGAGUGGGGGUCGGGAGGGGAAUGAUGGUUAGAAGACAACUCUUUCUAUCAUGUGGGUCCAUGGGAUCGAACUCGGGGUGUCAGGCUUGGCUGUAAGCACCUUUGCUAGCUGAGCCAUCUCACCAGCUCCAAACUCCUCAGUCUUCUCUUUCUCCCCUCCUCUGUCUUAGAAAGUACUGUAUUUCUUCUGUCCACACUCCAAUUGUUUUCAACUGGUCUGUGGGCCUGUUGAUGUUUUUGUUAAUUUAUUUUUGAGGAUCUUUAAAUGAUUUUAUUUUUUAAAAAAUCAUAUUGUACAUUGAGUAGAUCUCCACCCUUACUCCAGGUUUGCAGAAUUUUUAACACCUGUGGCAUACUAUGUCCAGCCAACUCUCCUCCACAGAUCCCUAGGGCCUGGCUUUGGUCUUUUUAGAUAAGUUUUCAUAGAGCCCAGGAUGGCUUUGAACUCACUAUGAAGGAGAUGCUCUUCAGUAUCUACUCCUGUAUCACCACACCUAGUUUAUGAGGUACUAGACAUCAACUCCAGGGCUUCAUUCUUGCUAGACAAAUGCUCUAUCAAUUGAGCCACAUCUGGAGUUCCUCACCAGGGGGUUCUAGGAAGCUGUCUUUGUACUGAGCUCCACCCCAAACCCUCCUUGAACAAUGUAUAUACCUGUCUGUCUGAAAAGUUCAAAGAAUUUUUGGCUAAUUUACUCGACCAGAGAGCCUCUUUAGAAGGUCUUUUUAAAAAUUUCUUUUUGAAAGUACACUUUGAAAGUUUCCAUUUAAUUCUUUAGCCUUAAAAAAUGAAGAAGAAAUUUCAUGAGGUCUUCCAAAUGUAUUUUCUGUGGAAUUAUACAUAAAAUCGCUUGAUGUUAAAAAUACUGUGUUUUGUGCUGAUGCAAUGGCUCAGCAGGUAAGAGCACUGACUGCUCUUCCGAAGCUCCUGAGUUCAAAUCCCACCAACCACAUAGUGGUUCACAAUCACCCAUAAUAAGAUCUGACACCCUCUUCUGGAGAGGCUGAAGACAGCUACAGUGUACUUAUGUACAAUAAUAAAUAAAUCUUUGGGCUGGAGGGAGCAGGGACUGAACCAGUGGAGUUGACUGAGCAGGGUUGAUUGGAGUGAGCAGAGGUCCUAAAAUUCAAUUCCCAAAAACCACAUGAAGGCUCACAACCAUCUGUACAGCUACAGUGUGCUCAUAUACAUAAAAUAAAUAAAAAAAACCUUUAAAAAUACUAUGUUUUGUUGUUUAUCCUAAGCUUUCUCUGGUUCAGACUGCUGUGCAAUAAUUUUUCCAAACUGAAACAAGAGACACUCCUUAAGAAUCAGGAUGUUGACAACUCACAAGUCUCAGGAUAUUCCUAAAACUGACUACCUAUGUCAGGUCCCUUCUUCCCCAAAUGUUCUAGUCUUCAUUAUGCUGAGGUAAUAAAGCACUCUGACCAAA